AUGGGCGACCACCAGCCGUACGUGACCAUCCGGUCUCGCCGGCCGUACGAUGGAAACAGCGUGAGCAGUGGUGCAGACUCGACUGUAGGUGCUAGAGUCACGACACACCAGUCGCGAAGAGUACACUCACAAGCUGGCGAUGGCCAGUAUGGAUCCAGCUCCGGCGAUGCGCCCCGGACUGCCACGCACGACACAAGUCGCGUGAGCUACCACGUCAAACAUCUCGAUAGCUUCGUGCAGACCUUGGAGGAUUCUGCAAAUCGAGCAUUCCCAAACAGGGGCAGAUCAUCACAGAGAUAUAAAAAGGUCCAGGCUUUGUUGCUUCAUUGGGGCUCCGAUGACCUCUUCGUGCUGCCCGAGCUGGAGGACUUGGAGCGUUGCCUCCGCGAGGACUACGCCUUUAACACGGACAUCUUCGCCAUUCCUUCCGAAAACUCACAUCUUGAGCUCAUGAUGCAAGUCGGCAAGCUGAUCAAAGACCACGAGGCCCAAGAUACGCUUUUCUUGGUCUACUACGGCGGCCACGCAAGGAUAGACGAGUCCAGGCAAAGCACCUGGUGCGCAACACGAAAUCCCGACUCUCCGUGGCUGCAGUGGUCAGCUAUUCAAACUCUGCUAGAACGUUCUGCCUCUGACGUUCUCAUCCUUCUUGACUGCUGCGCUGGAGCUGCGAGUGCUACAUUUCCCAACGGCAACAGUAUCACCGAGACCAUCUCAGCCUCGAGCUGGGACGCCAUUGCCCCGGAUCCAGGUCGCUACUCCUUCACCAAUGCCCUCAUCGAAGUACUGCAGGAAUGGAGGCUACGCACCUUUUCUGCCGCUAUGCUGCAUGCCGAGGUUCUUGCUCGUCUUAAACAUCCUAGACCAAUCACUAUCAACGGCAAGCUCUUUGAGGCAAGGUCAACGCCAGUCCACUUCAUGAUGACCACAAAUCACAAAGCACCCAGUAUCGAGAUGUCACGGAUUGUCCCCCCGGACGCUCGACCACCGUCACCUCCUCAGGACACAACCGCUAACGGAAGCGAUAACCCGGAUCAGUUGACAGGUGGUCGAGGCCCCGGGGCGCCGGUAUCAGAAGACCCAAACGAGGACACGCCCCAUGUCAUGAUUUCCCUCGCUUUGGAGGAUAACCAACAGCUGGACCUCAAUGCCUGGGAACAGUGGCUCUCGAAUUUCCCAGCAAUGGCAAAGUACGUUAAGGUUCAAGGGGUGUUCAAAAGCCAUUCUACAUUGCUUUUGCUGUCGAUGCCGGUAAUGGUCUGGGACCUGUUGCCGGAGGACCAUGCGACUUCCUUCAUAGCCUUCAUCAGGUCAAACAACAUGAUGCUACAGGGAGGUCAGAAAGACAAGGCAGAGGUCGAAGUGCCUGUGGGAGUCUCUCGUGCAACGCUCGACAGGACACAGCCCGAUUCAGCGUCAAUGAAGACGUUUUUCUCGGACACCACCUACACUUAUGCCCCAACAGACCAUGGCAGCACGAUUGGCCAGCAACUAGCUGACAUGCGUUCAUAUUCGCUCGGAGAGGGGCGAGCCUCUAGGCGGAACGUAGGCACAAGGCAACAGGCGUCCGCCGAAGCUAUCUCGCCGUCGUCAUCGCCGACGAGCGGUCCUGCUGGGCUGUUGAGAGCUGGACCUUCCUCGGCAUCCCUGGCCAGUCUUCAGCGGCAGCUUUCGUCGUCCUCUCAGACAUCUGCCGAGAUCACAUCGAGAACAAUGAUUCCAAACCAACAGAGGAGUUCACGGAGGACUGUGUUCCAGGAUAUCCCCGAACCACCCAAGUUCUCGCAGCAUAUUGAGACGCUGCUUCAACAAUACUACGAUCAGGAACCUUUGCCAAAUGACGAUCAAAAGAACUUUGUUGCUUCCAACUUAGGCGUUGAGUUGUGGCAUGUCGAGGCUUGGUUCCAUCAUCGACGGGAACGAGACAUCGUCUCCCAGCAAUUUCAGAAUCUCAAGAUUGAUGAUCUAGCCCCCGUGGCGUCUCAAGGAGCCCAGAUGAUUCUACCUCAUCAUCUCAACAAAAUAAUUGAUAUCCUUCCACCCAGUAGGAUCCUCUUGGUUGACCUCCGAUCUCCGACUGAAUUCGAGAGGUCUCAUAUACGCGGUGCAAUCAACCUCCGCGCGCCCCUGAGAUUCAUUCAAGAUGCUCCCUUUGACAUGAUUGAGCGUGCCUUCGCCGACCACGAUAGCGGACGGAAGUUUGGAGAGUGGAGAUCGGCGCACUGCUUGGUUGUCUACGCCCGCGCCGUCGACUCCGUAUGGGAGUGUCCCGUCGCCGACGUGCUCUUUGCAAAGUUCAAGAGCUGGGGCUGGCCGGGCCGAUGUUUCGUGCUCAAGGGCCACUACAAGGAGUUUUCGGUCUCGUAUAGCAACUCCAUCGAGAGUUCCAAGAUGACCAACGAAGCCAGGGCAGCCCGCACGGAAUUAGCACUCCGCCGGGACGCCCAUAAACAAACAACAGACAUGCUGUCAGAAGAUGAUGACGCGGCGAGACGGCUACAAUACAAUGACCUGCUGACUCAGAUCGACAGCGAGGAGGGACGGGUGAACCCCUCAUCCUCGGCGUCAAACCCUACAGCCAGCUCUGACCGCGCGCGAGCCAUGGAAGAGCAUGAACUAGACCUCGAAGCCGAGUUCCGGCGUCGCGUCCCGGACCUCUACCGCAAAGCCCUGGACGUCGUCCACGGCAGCAGCGGCGUCCCUACCGCCGUCGCCUCCUCCGCACCCGUGACGCCAGCUGCCGCCCCUACCGCUGCACCUGUCCAGCCCGAUGAUGGAUCAGGCUCACCUGCCACGCGAAGUGACAGAGCGGGUGGCGACAAGGACUGUGGCACAACGUUUGGUUUUGACACAAAGGCACCGCUCGUCGAGUACCUCGACAGAGGCCUCUCUCACAUCCGGCAGGGGAUACCCGCCCAAGCCUCGUCUAUAGCUACUUCUGCCGCGACACCCACAGCUACUACUGCCCUGUAUACGACACCUCCAACCAACGACACUUCACCGGGACUCUCGAAACUUGCCGCCGAGGGUUGCUACUUCGACUCAGGGGCAGCAGCAGCGGCGGCGGCGGCUGGGGCGUCUUCGGACGAUUCGUACGUGAAGAUCAACAGGGGAGAUGCGCAACUAGCGAGCGAUCCGGGCCUCGGAGGAAAAGACGGGACGACAAAAGACCACCAUCACCAGCAGCAGCAGCAACGACAAUCAGUCGUCACGGGGGAUGAAACGCCCAAAAGGGGCCGGGGCGGUUUCCUAAAUAAGGUUCUGCGGCGAGCAUGA